AUGAAGCGACUGCUAGACCCCACCUCACAGAAGACUCACUAUGUGAUUGCGAAACGCCAGAAACGCAACUUCGACAAAGAAUCGGUGUUCUGCAAGCUACCGGGAGAAUCUGCUGAACAUUUAGAACAUCGGUAUGCUCUUUAUACGAAAGUGUGGGCCCACCAACUUGGAGCCAUUCGAGCCAUCUUAAAUUCUGCCAAUAAUGACUUAUUUGCUAGGCUCCUCCAGUGCAUCAAGGACCCAUUGACAGAGCAGUUGGGAGUGGUGUAUUUGGCGCUCAGUUCCAAUACUGCUAACAACUUGCGGGUGCUUGAUGACUUUUCUGAGUAUGCCGCUGGCCGUGGAGAAGGAAUGACUAUCCGAUUGGUUCGUCUCAACUCGAAAGAGUGUUUCAAUGUCAAAGCUGCGGUGCGAGAGGUGGUUAAGCAAGUGGUCCAUGGACAUACAAGACGCGAGAAGAUGGAUGAGAUCAAGGAAGAAGACAUAGAUGGAGAUGGAGAAGGAGAAGGAGAUGGAGAUGAAGAGGAUGAGGAAAACGAGGACAAUGAUGAAAACGACAUUGCCAAUGGGGAUCAUGGUGGCCGUAUCUCGUACGAUUUUGGCAUUGUUGAGGAAUGGGCAAGCAGCUUGACCUCAGAAUCUCAUCCUGUUAGAAUUGUGGUGAUGCUCGAAGACACAAAUGCCUUUUCCAACGAGAUUCUUAACCAAUUGCUCCAACUAUUCAGUGUUUAUGCUACAAGAUCUCCAUUGAAGGUGGUAAUGGGGCUCAGCUCCAAGAAUGUCAGUGAUUGGAUCAAUAGCAACAUUACAAGCAAGCUUAGAACCUUGAUAUCUGGGUGCAAGUUGGUGGCCAAGGAUAAUAAGGACAUCGGAUUCCAGGUGGUGGAUGAUAUCUUGCUUCAGAACGAAAUCACUUCGGAGAAUCCACUCUUGUUAGAUGCUCAACUCUCACUGAUUGUGUUGGGCCGCUUUGAGAACUCCAACAAUUCCAUUGACAGCUUGAUUACCGAAUUAAAGCUCGCCUACAUGACCCAUUUCUACCAGCUGCCUCUCUCAGCCUUGGUAGAUCCCCAUUUUGUUCCAGUCCAUUCCCACUACGAUGCAUUGAGGAAGUUGUCCUCAUUCAAGACUCAUAUGGAGUACUUAUUGCAUACUUUCAAGGGAAUGAAGAAAGAAAGCGCUGAAUGGACAGAGGCUCUCCAAACGAUGAAGUCGUUGUUGAGCAGCGACGAAGAACUUGGAGUCCUUUUCAACAAUGCCAAACUGACGUUCCAGAAUUACCAAAAUUCUGUCAUGAAUGCCGUUAACUUGAUUUACUUCUUAAGUGGAGGUGAGAAGCACAGGUUCCAGAUCUAUAAGCUUGUGACUAAUAACCAGCUUAUCAACUCGGUUUACUUGAGAGAUGUCCUUAAAAGAGUCCAGACUUACGAUUCGGCCAGAAUCGCAACGGUAGUUGACUUCAUCAACAGUGAGGUAAUCAAGACACGAAUAGGCGGAAUUACAGACAAGUAUAUUAUUUCGCUCCAGGAAAAAUUGCAAGGGGCCAAUCUUACCAUCAACAAAAGUAUCAUCGACCAUAUCACAGAGUACUUGCACUCUAACAAAAACUUGAAUAUGAAGAUCAGUGACAAUUUGUUCAAUGAGGUAUUGACCAUUAAUGGUGGAAUCAGUGAGUUGGACGAAUUACGAUCUUCUGUAAAUCUUGAGGAAAAUUAUCAUAAUUUGAUGAUUCACAUUAUCCGGCCCAAACUGCGAGAGAUUAUUGAGGCAGGCUUAGAUGAGCCUAGGAAGUAUUUGCGAAAUCCCCUAUUAUUGGAGAACGUCAAAGGUACAACUUCAAAGCUCACAGGGCCCCUCUUGAGCAGAUUGUACCACGUUUAUAAAGAUGCACCUGUGAACAUCAAUAUGUGGGAUUUCUACGUGGCUUUCAAGCUGUCUUUACAAAGAGAAGGGGUGAUUAAGGAGAUUAAGAAGGCAUUAGAGCUUGAGAAGUUCGACACUGAAGUGAAAAAGGAGUACCAACAGUUGGUGCAAGCUGCAGAGAAAGAUGAGAAGGAAUGGGACAAAGUGGUGUAUUCAUGGUUUUUGCAGAGUUGCUUUGAGUUGUCCAACAUGGGCUUCAUGAGAGAGAAAUCAAAGGGGGACUACGUGGAGAAAAUGAUUUGGAAGAACUUGUAA